AUGGAACGCCAACCGAAAUCCCUCUCGGACGCCGUACAGCUCCUCCAAACGACGGAGAUUAUCUCCAAGUGUACUCAGACCAUUAUAGCAGAAUGGUCCAAUGAGGCAGAAACGUUCAAGAAACGCGCGUCUUCGGGACGCGCCGGCGCGGAACUUGUCCUACCGAGCCAUGAGCUGUUCAAUGCUCAGCGCACCAUUACCGCAGCCAUCGGCAAGCUAAUCGAGCUGGUGUCCGAACCGAGUGUAAGAAUCCUCGAGAUUGCCGGCCAAUAUCAAGAAUCGCGCGCCUUGUACAUUGCGGUGGAGAGGCGCAUUCCGGAUAUUCUCGCGUCCCAGGACAAUGAGGGCGGCAUGCCUGUUAAAGAACUCAGCAGCCGGACUGGCAUUGAAUAUCGGAAGCUGUCUCGGAUCCUCCGAUACUUAUGCUCAAUGGGCACCUUCCGCCAAGUGGGCCCCGACGUUUUCGCCAAUAAUACAAUUUCCGCUUGUUUGGUGGCUAACGAGCCUCUUCGAGCCUACGUCCGAUUGACUGGCAGCGAGGCGUUUACGGCGUCCGAUCGGCUACCCAAGACCCUCCUAGACCCUUCUACGGGCCCGUCAUACGACGUCACUCGAACGGCAUGGCAGGAUGCUAUUGGGACAACUAAACCUCGGUGGGAAUGGAUAGAGGAAAGGGUGGAGCCGGACAAGCUACUUGACUCUGGAUACCAUUAUCCGGGAAUUCCUAGCCUUAUAUUGGAACCCCAACCCCCAGGCGAAGAUGGUCUGGUGGCACGUCCCGAGCUGGAAAUCAUGGGUUUGGCCAUGGUUGGCGGUGGGCGCGUCUUCGGGGCAGCCCACGUGUUUGACUUCCCAUGGGCAUCGCUGGACAAUGCAUUGGUGGUCGAUGUAGGCGGUGGCGUGGGUGGCUUUGCUCUUCAGCUCAGCAAAGUGUACCCGGAUUUACGGUUCGUUAUUCAAGAUCGAGGUCCAGUCAUCCAACAAGCCUUGGAAAGCGUCUGGCCGAAUGAAAACCCCGCGGCUCUGAAGGACCAGCGAGUGCAGUUCAUGGAGCACAGUUUUUUCGAUAAGAACCCCGUCGAGGGCGCCGACGUGUAUUACCUCCGAUAUGUGCUCCAUGAUUGGUCGGAUGACUACUGUGUCAACAUCUUAUCGCAUAUUCGGGAAAGUAUGGCGCCACAUUCUCGCUUGUUAAUUUGUGAGCAGGUGAUGAAUACUACCAUUGGUGAUCCGGACUUAACCUCAGCUCCUGCUCCUCUGCCAGCAAACUAUGGCUUCCACGCCCGAUUCAGUCACAGUCGCGAUCUUACGAUGAUGGCAGCUAUAAACGGGAUUGAGAGGACUCCAGAGGAGUUUAAAACCAUACUUAAAUCUGCGGGGCUGGCUUUGAAGCAGAUAUGGGAGUGUAGAAGUCAGGUUUCGUUGCUUGAAGCAGUGCGAGCAGAUGCUAGAACAGCUUAG